AUGUCCAUCCCGCUCCACCGUGAUGGCCGCAUGGUCACGCUCAACGCUCGCCUGUGUACGCCCGCCGGCACCGAGAACCCCACCGCCAUCGACCCGGCGUACCCGACCAUCCUGUUCUGCCACCCCAUCUGGCUCGACAGCUUCUUCUUCUACCCGCAGAUGGAGGACCCGCUGUUCGCAGACCACUACAACCUCGUCGCCUUUGACAUGCGCGGGCACGGCCUGACCACCGUCGACGGCAGCCCGGACGACCAGUACGACGCGUGGACUGCCGCCCAGGACCUCGCCGCUGGCCUGGAAUUCCUGGGCGUCACAAGGACACACGUCUUGGGAACGGCGUUUGGCGCGUCGGUCGCUGCCCGCCUCGCCAGUCUCCACCCGGCGCUCGUCGAGACGCUCAUCCUCAUUUCACUGCCGCCACCCCAGGACAGCCCCGAGAUGGCUGCCGGGUAUGCCGAGUGCCAGGAGGCGCUCAUCGCUGCGACCAAGACGGGCGAUGUCGACUGCCUCGACGCGAUCACGACCGCCACGUUCCAGUACGACGCCAGCACCCCGCUGUCCCAGGCCGUCCGCGAGAUCCGCGACGAGUACAUGACCCUCGCGCGCCAGCGCUUCCCGCCCAACGGCACCGAGGCAGCGACGGUCGAGCAGGCAGCGUACUACAUCUGGAACCCGGUCACCACCCGCGAGGCCCUCGGCGCACAAGAGAUGGGGCGUAUCACCAGCCCCACACUCAUUCUCCAGGGGUGUGGACAGGAGAACGACCACGCCGACGACGCCAUCCACUUUGCGGCCGUGUUCAACGGCGCACACCACGACACGGCCAGUGUCCGCGCGUCGCUCCGCCUCAUUGCCGACGGCGGCCACUACAUGACGCUGACGAGUCCCAACGUUGUCAACCCGCUCAUUGCAAAGUACAUUGGGACGCCGUCCAGCGCCGCCUUGCCACCGCUGCCGGCCGACGGGUCGCGUAUCGUCGGCCCGGCCAUUGCCCGGCGGCCGAGCACCCCGCGUGAAGUCCUCUUUGACAUUCCCCCCAUCCCGCGCGUCAUCCCGGGCAUGCGUACAGUGGGCGACGAGCUCGACCGGCUGCGCGUGGACGUCGUGGUGGCCACAGAGGUGUCGGCGACAUGA